ACACCUCUCUCCUUGUGACACAUAUUGGCUUUUCCGGUUGUUAUGCAAUCGCCCUGAUUAUUUUAGGCCUUUCUGUGCUCGAGCAUCUCUCCCCCUCUUAAAGGUGGCUUACAUGUGUCUUAAACACUCUAUUAUCCGUCUUAAACCUGUUUUAAGCCCUCUGUUUCUUCAUGGGAUACGGCCAGAACUGGAGCCUCCAUUCACAAGGUCACUAAUAAUAAAAUGAACCAGGCUAAACUACCGUUAUAUUUAUUUAGUCUACAUGAAGAAAUGACCAAAAUGAAUGACCACGACCUCUAAACGUGCCUCAAAUCCCCGACUGUGAACACUGGAGUUGGCUUCCUCGCCAGUUUCUUAUUCGAAUUUUCCGUUCCACCUUAAAUGGCGCGCAGUUAGUUCCAUCUGCGAGUUUGGUGACAUGUAAGCUGCACCAUUUAAGUUGGAACGGAAAAUUCUCAUAGAAAACCUACUUCAGCUUUUUACAGCCAGGGGUAAGAGGUGAGCAGACUACGCUCAGGGGCGCCUGAAUGCGACUGCCCGCACCAUUUAAGGUGGAACGGAUAAUUCUAAUAGGAAGCCAGCUUCAGCCUCCACUCUCGUUGAGUCUGAACCCAAGUUUGGGGACGAAAUAAAACAACUCUGCCUCCAUCCUUUUCUGAAUCCCGUACAUGCUGUUCAUUUCAUUUCUACGUGUCGUUACCGCUCACAUCCAGCAGGGGGCGUUGUUGCGCAUGCGCUUCGUUAUCUCCAGCUCUCCUCCUCUCGGAUACGUGCCGCUUUUUCGUAACGAACGCGUUUUUUUUCUCCCCUUCUCCUUUUAUUUCACAUUGAUGUCAUUUGGAGAGAGAGAUGGGUUCGCGCGCCUCUCUUUCACCCUCGAGCUGAGCUUUUGUUUCCUUUCUUUAAAUCAUUUUUUUUUCUAUUGGAAAUCAGCCUGAGAUGAUCGGCACCGUCCUGACGGCUCUGGCUUUGAGGCGCGCGUUGCGCACGGAUGCGGCUGUGCGCGCUGCAGACUCGCUGCCUUAAAGUUUGGAUGCUGCCCGUGGGAGAAGAGGAGCUCGAGCCCAAAACAGACCGGCAAGGCUCGGUCAGAUGCCUCUUUCGGCACGUUUAGAGCCGCUGCCCUGUGUGUCCAGUGCGUCCAGAUGGCCUCGAGAAACGCGCGUAAAGGUUGCUCCGUGCUGGGAGGCGGCGGGGCUGCGGAUCGCUGCCCGGAACGGAGGGGCCACUCGGCGGCUGCCAGCUGCGGGAGAGCCGCGGGACUGAACGGAGGAUGGAGCGCGCGCCUGCUGGCCGCCGGGACCGUGCUGCUCGUGCUGCUGCGGCCCGCCGUCGCCACACACGAUGAGGGGAAGUCAGACGUUUCGGACCGUCCUGCUGCAGCACCGACUGCUAUGGAAGCUUCAAGAAUUAGAAUUCCAUCCUCUCCCUCGCUGCUGGAUGAGGAGGGGACGCCUCUCUCGCAGUCCCCCUCCGUACCGGCAGGGGCAGCGGUGAGCAGCAAAGAGCAGGCGGUGUAUUCGUCAGUGCUGACCCUGCGGGCCGACUCAGACACACCGCCUCGGGCGCUGGUGCAGUCUCUGCCCUCCCCACCCGGCAACAGUGACAAUCUCACCAAUCACAAAUCCCCGCAGGAGCCGUCCGCUGGAGCGCCACACGCUCCAACCCGAGUGGCCCAAACCAACAGUGCAUUAAGCACCAGCUCAGAAGAGGUUCUUCGUGACCUCCUCAUGAACCCUGACCUUCCCACAGCUCCGGGUUCCUCCCUCGCAGUACCGGAGGAGAUGGAACCUGCACGAACUGAUCACGUGACCAGCCCUGCCUCCGCCUCCACUCUGGCAUCCAACGGCACUGCAGGAAGGGCCGGGAACGACUCGGCCAUCCCUCCUGCAAGCAGCAACCCUGACACUGUGACCAGCGACAGCCUCCAGCUCACCACAGUGACCACCACCACGGUCACGCCCUUAACUAUGACUGCCACGACUGUGACUACGCCCACUACUGGUCCCGUGACCACAGAGGUUGCUGCUAUGACAAUACCGCCCACCACCAUGGCCACCGAAAUCACAACGCCCACCACAGAACCGCCCACUACGUCAACAACCACCACCACCACAACGACCACGACUACUACCACAACAACUACGACAACAGCUGCACCAACAACAACAACUACAUUAGCAACUACGUCCACCAAAGUGACUCCUCAAAGCUCUACUGUAGCUACCUCUGGGAGCACCACCACUGAGCACAGCCCACCCACUGAGAGCUCACCUUCAUCCUGCAACAUCACUGAGAAGCUGUGGGUCCGUACUGUUCUGUCCAUCCAGAUGAAGAGGAAUCGUCUGGAAAGCGGGAUGAGGCAGAGCUUAUCGAAGGGCCUGACUCUGGCGCUUCAGAGGGCCUUCAAUGACUCCAGUGUCCGCAUACAGCUGGAGCGUGAUGUCUGCACUCCGUCCAAUGUAACUCUGGGAUAUUACGUCGUGAGUGAGAAGCUGGUGUACAUGGCGGCUGCAGUGGUGGAGACUCUGACGGCCUACGGCUUCGACAAGCUCCUGAGUGACAUCAGACAGCAUGCCCCGGUGGUCCUGGCCGUUCCAGUUCCCGUAGCGACUUGGCUGCCCAAUCCUGGCAUCCACCUUCAGCUCAAAACAGUUCUCAGGUUUGUGAGUCCAACAGACAACAUCAAGUCUUGUAGUUUCAUCCAGAUGAUGGAGCACCGUUUGGAGAACGUGUUCUCCGAAGCCCAGGAGAAAGUGGAGGACUCUUAUGGGGCUCUUUCUGUUGAGAUUCUGAACACCUUUCAGACGGGAAACUCUCUGACCGUGUCGUUGGUAUAUGUAGUGUGGAACGGCAGUAUGGCACUGAACGGCACUAUGGCUAGUGGCCUCAUUAACCAGCUGACCGCUGAACUGGUCGGCUACUUCCUCUUCUUCCCCCCGAUGCUCAUUGCUGAACCCCUCGAGUACCACAACCUGAACACCUCGGUCGCCACCAGGGAGUACUGGGUAAUCACAGUUAUCCAGGAUGUUGACAGUUCCUCUCUAGAAGGCAGUUAUCAGAGUUUUGCUAGUCUGAUGGAGCAGCGUCUGGCUGAGCUCUUUAUGCUUGCUGGUCGACGCGGCCUGCGCUUCAGACGAGCCACCACUGUUGGUCGAUACACUGUGCAGAUGGUCAGUAUUCGGCGGCUGCCAGGUCCUAAGAACCCAGCAGAGAUGACGUACUACGUGCAGGUGGAUGGAGCUCCUAUAGCUGGAACAUCUGCAGCAAAGACCCUGAACAUGGUGGACUCUCAGACCAUGGCCCUCACCCUGGGCUACUUCGUCCAGAUCCAAGCAGAACCUGUAGUGAAGAGUGUACCCAGUAACCUCUGGAUCUUGGCGGUCCUCACGCCGGUCUCAUUGGUGAUGGUCGUAGUUGUCAUGGCAGUUGCUAUCAUAUGCCGGAGGAACCGCACCGUCUUCAAGACCAGCGCCUUCCGUGGCUUCCACCCACGCACAAAGACCUCAUAUCGGAGAGAUGGAAGCUACCAUCACCAGCCGGUUCAGGGGUUUGACUAUGCUAAGCAGCACAUGGGUCAGCAGGGUGAGGAGGCUCUUGCUGUCACUAAAGAGACUCUGGUCCUGUCUCUUCCGGUACGGGACGCCCCUCUCACACAGGACAAGGGCGUGCUACAGGACGGCACCGCCUCCAAAAGGCCGCAGUCCACUACAGAUAUGCAUCGCAGCAAGUUGCCAAGCGAGGACGGCUCGGUUUCGAGCGACGGCUCUGGGAAGCUGAACACGGGAAGGAGCUCCACGGCGCACAGAACUACAGGCCAAAAGAACAACAAGGAGGAGACUCACACAAGGAAUGAGCAUUACGACUCUCUGACCGGCUCCCUGAGGCUCAUCACCAUCAAGCCCAUGGCCGCACCCCUCAACUACUCCUACCCCGACUCGUCCAAUCACAGCCAAGACUCUGUCAUGCUCAACGGAGAGGUGAACAUGGGGCUGAAGCAGAAGUCUGAUAUCGAGCACUACCGGAACAAGCUGCGGCUGAAGGCCAAGAGGAAGGGCUACAGCGACGGCCUGGUGAGCGGAAGUAGCGGCAGCGCAGGAGGCCACCGGCACAGCCACCGAGAGCGGCUGAGGAGAGAGAACGCCUCUCUGGACCUGGAGGACGCUUUAGGGCCCGUGGAGGACAGGAACCCCUCCACUUACGUCAAAUACAGGAGGAGUGAGAGCCAGAGGGAGCCAGCAUACUGGAGCAGACAGUCUCUGAACACCCCGAGUCCUGUGGAGACUGAGCUGGACUUGCUGGUCAUGAGGGAGCGCUCCAGGAGGGGCAUCCGCAACAGCGGCUACGAUGCCGAACCAGAACCCUUUGAAGAAACCGACGUGGACCGCCUCAUGAGCUCUCUGGGUUUCGGUGGCAGCCACCAGGUCAAAGGUCACUCAGAUUCGUCCACCCUGAGCUCCCAGCCCUCCAUCGAUGAGGUGCGACAGCAGAUGCACCUCCUGCUGGACAACGCCUUCGGCCUGGCCUCCGCCGAGCCGUCCACGGGCGGCCGCCACCACCACCACCACCCCCACUCCCACAGCCCCUACAACCCCAGCCAGAGUAGCCCCUACUCGGACGGAGUGACCAGCGCCCCGGGCACCAUGGACCACCCAGCUGGAGCUCUGCAGCGUGGCUCCUCCUUUGAGCCAGACAUGCACCAGUGUAGCCUCCCCAAACCCGGCUUCAGGUUUACCCAGCUGCCUGAUAUGGGUUUAGGCUCACCGCCCCCUCUUAUAACCCCCAGAGCUGGAGCGCCCCCUGGAACCUCACUAAGGUGCUCGACACCAGACAUGAGUCUGAAGCCCCGCGUCUCCGAGGCCUCGGAGAUGAGUCAGCACAACGGCACCCCCUACCUGCCAAUAAACCGUGCUCCUUUCCCAGCAGUGACUGUGGACCAGUCCAUGUCAAGCUACUCAGGAAACCCAAUGACAGCCGUGUAUGCCAUAUCAGCCAACCGGCCCGGCUACUCUGACUACUUUGUCCUAUCACCGCCAUCCUCCUACCGUAGCCCCUCGUGGAUGUCCUACCCUCCGGAGCCGGAUGACCUGCCCCGCCAGUGGAAUGACACGAACCCGUGUCAUUUGGAGACCAUCUGCUGAAAUGAAUGAAUCUCGGGGGUUGAGUGGAAACAGCAAUUCACCUGGGGUUUGUACAGUAGAUGAAAAUGCCCCGAAUACCACAGCAGCCCUACCCCAUCCUGGCUCUUUGGUCUAAAGGGCCACUCCAGCCGAGUAGGCCCAAAAGGUUCCAAAGGGCCUGAAAGGCCAGAAGGGCCCAAAAGGCCCUGACCAGACACGACCAGGCCCAUCAAUCACAGUCUCAGCCUCCAUCCUGGACAGGAUGCAGAGCCCACCAUUAGCCAACGCUCUCCUGAGAGGAUGUUCUCUCAGCCUCCUCCACUGACCUAGAAAGGCCAUUUCAGUGGCCAAACUUUUUUCUUGAAGCUUUUUUCGAUCUUCUCACAGAAACGAGGCCGGUGGGAUUUUACGUGUGUGUGUUUUAAACAUCAGCUUACUUAAAGUAGAAAACAGUUUUUUUUUUGUUCCGUCUUGAGCUAUCCCGGUUUCACUGAUGCCUCUCUGUGUCUUUUGCUCUUUUCUGUUGCUUUUUUAUUGACAAGGUUAAUAUUGCAGGCAUAUCGCAGGUGAUUCUUUUGUGCACUCUAUGUAUGGCUUACGUAAAAAAAAGACCUUGGUGUAAAAGAGACUGAGCAUCUGAGCAGAAAUGACAUGUUGUACUGUAUCUAAUGUAGUCAUGACGUUUUUCAGCAGCUUACAGAAUAGCGCAUUCUUUUUGCUUCUGCUAAAACUUAACCUAAUUUACGCUUUUUUAAAAAAAUUGUCCAAUAACAAAUCGGAUAGUUUCACAAGUUUGAGGAGCGUAACGUAGCCAGAUGUGGUCAGAAAAGUUACAGAUGACACAAAUCCCAAACAUCAUUAACUAUUACUAUAGAAGACUAGUGGUGGAGUAUGUGAGGGCUAGAAUUUUUUAUUUUCAUUUAUUUUCCUCUUCAUUUCUUUCCACAAGUAGAUAAAGUAUCACCAAAACAACAUAUCUAUUUUAUUGCCUUAUUUUUGAUAGGUACAAAAAUUUAUAUAUCAGACAGUAUCAAAAACUACAUAAUAUAUCUGCUGAAAUAUACAGCAUAAGCCAAAAACUGUAAAAAAAAUAAAAAAAUAAUAAUAAUAAUAAAAAGACUCAAAAUUGACAAAUUGAUUUUAGAAUAUAUCUAUAUAUAUUGGUUUCUCUCAGAUCCUAAAGGAAGUGACUAUAAUUGCAGCAGGUUUUCAGUAUGAAAAUGACAGCAAAUGUUUCAUUAUACUGAAUUUACGUUUGAUGAAUAGAAUGCAAUGUUACAAAAGCUACUUUUGGCAUGUAUUCCUAGAAGAAUGGUUCUAAUGCAUGUGAAACACAAGGGCUUGUAUGAAAGGAGACGUAAAUGGUAUGGUGGCUACAGAGGUUCUGUUGUAAUAAUAAGCAGUGAUAUCCACAACAUCAUUUCCAGUAAUUACCCUUCUUUGAUUUUUUUCUCAGUAUACCAUUUUCUAUUCAUUUUAUAUGGAGAACACUGAGCAGGAUGACAGUGCAUCCGACUGGCAUUGCAAAACGUCAUAUUAUUAUCGUUUGGUUCUAUUCAUAAGUUUUCAAAAAAUGUAACAGCAUUAUUUGGUGUUUUAAGACAAUAAGAUUUUACAUUUUUGUUGAAAUUGAAGAACUUUGUCCUCUCAAUUGAAUUAGUUGGUGCUGGGGAAGUGCAAAGGUCUCAACCGUCGUUCAAGUGUCGUUUUUGCUUUGUACAAUAUUUUCCGUUACUAUUUUUAUAUUAAUUCACUCAGCAUUUUUUGGACCAUCUACAGAGGCGACAUUCAGAAGAAGCGGUUGCCAAUGUAAAAUAUUGUGCUUAAAAUACAGUAUGUGUUAAAAAAAGAGGCCUCAUCGUGAAGCUAUGUGAAAAAAAUUGUGUAAUAUUCUCUAUAUGUGUAAAUUCACAUCAUAAUGCUAAGAUGUCAACCUAAUUCCUUAUUAUCUGACUCCAUAACUGCCAGUUGUACAGUAUAUUUUCACUUACUAUUAAAAAAAACCCUACAUUUGUUUUGAAGGUACUACUGAUUCAACACCUGGUUAUUUUCCUAAUCUGUGAGACGCAUUUUUCUUAGCUGUUUUUUUUGUUUGUGUGAAAUGAUCAUGCUUGUAAUAACCCUGAUUUAACUUUUUUUUUUUGGUGAUUUACACAUUGAAUCAAAUCUAAUAAAGACUAAGACACAUUUGAUCAUCUGAAAA